AAUCGAACAAAUCGGAUUCAAGCAAACCCCCAAUCGCGCUCGCAAUCAGCCAUCAGUCAGCCGUCAACCAACAAAGACAUUGUCUCACAAAGUCCCAAACGCACCCAGGGUAACAUUCCAAAUUUGCGGCAAUUCUGGCUCCUCUGCUCUGGCUCUACACUUCAUACCUAUCAUCUAGACCAGAGAAGCAUGGCAGAAGGUCUCCAGAUAGCGCAGGUAAUUGCAGAUCUACAGACACUGCAAAACGCAGACCCCACAGCAGCAACCAACCUCCUCUCCGCCUCGAAAAACCCGCGACCCUCCCUCUCCACCACGGCCUCGUCGCGCCGAAAGUCCUCAAACGCAAUCCCAAGAGCCGGCACAUUUACCGACGCACCACAACAAGCACGGUUCGACAAACUCGGGCGAAGGAUCGUGGUCCCGCGCUCGUCUGCCGGGAAUGGGACUGGGACGCCGCCGCCGCCCUUGAGCCGGAGCGCGAGUUCCUUUGGGAGACUGAAUGGGAAUGGAAACAAUAAUGGGUUUGGGAGCUUGGGUGGAAGUUUGAGUGCCAGUCGGAGUGGGAGUGGGGUUGGGACUCCUGUUGAAGGGACUCCAGAUGAGGACAUGAAGAGGGCAAAGACGCUUCUUGAACUGUUCGAAAUGAGGGGGAAAUUCAAGCAGAUGGGUGAUACUGGCUUGACGAGAGCGAAGCAGAGAGUUGAUAAUGUUGUGGAAAAGUACGCCAAAAUGGAAUUGGAAGAGAGAGAAAAGGCGGCAAAAGCGAGACACCUAGAUGCUUAAAUACUCCCUUCACGUACAUGAAGUAACGGCCUAAAGCGGUAAAGGUAUGGGAUUGGAAGCACGGCGUUCGGUAUAUACCCUAUGUUUUACGGGAUGGAAAAGGACGUACACGUAUUACUCACUACUCAUUAAUUCUAAGUGUUGAACGAAGUCUGAGAUCUAGGAGGAAGAGCUUGAAUUCAUCUACAAGUCUAGGGUCGUCGUCG